UUGGAGUCCUCAAAGGAAAAUAUGUAUAUUUUCCGAGUUUUGAAAGCUUUGGAAAUCGCUUAUCAAUGGCUGACUCCUUGGUGGGCUAUAAAGUCUCAUGCCUUCACUGGUACCGUGAGGGUUACUGAUUGUAUUCACUGAACCCUGUGCUGGUCCAAUGGCGGCGAAUGGCAGACAGCUGGGUGCAGUGCGGGCAUGGCUGCAUGGCCAGGGCAUCACUGCUGUCUCAGACGAGUGGCUGGCCGCCUGUCUGGAGCAUGUGGCUGGCUCGGUGGGUGGUACACCAUCCACUGCCCAGCUGCAGCGGCUGGUGCUGGACCAGUGGCUGGACACUGACCUGGCGGCGCUGGCGGUGGCCGUGCUGCCGCCGCGACUGGCCCAGCAGCCGCUGGUGACGCUGCGCCAGCCUUGCGCCGUGCAGCUGCUGAGCGUCGUCGACGUCAGCCAGCCGGCCCACGGUCAGCUGCUCAAACUGCGCCGCGUCGACAGCUCCAACACGGAGGUGGGCGAGCCGCGCGCGCCCUGGGAGCCGCGCGCCAGCCGCGCGCUGCGGCUCACCCUCACUGACGGCGUGCAGCAGGUGUCGGCGCUGGAGUGCGAGCCACUGCCGGCGCUCAGUACCGCCUCCCCGGCCGGUCUGAAGCUGCUGCUGCGGCCGCCGCUCGAGUGCCGGCGCGGCGUGCUGCUGCUCUCGGCCGGCUCGGUAUCAGUGCUCGGUGGCGCUGUGGAGGAGCUGCAGGACCCGCGCGCCGAGCAGCGUGUGCUCGAGGAGCGGCUGCGCGCCGCCGGCGGCCUCCCUCCCGGCCCGUCGGACGAGGACAGCGGCUACCGCAGCGACCAGGCGGGAGUGGCGCGCGCCGGGCCCGCGCCAGAGCCCGACCUGUUCGAUGACGGACUGGAUGACGCCGACCUUGCCGCCAUCCCAGACAUCCCGGAUGACGGCAUCGAUGACGCCGAUUUAGCCGCCCUGGAGAUGCCGAACGGGGACGCCGUUGUGGGUGCGGGCGACCCCGCGUCAUCAGCGGCAGCCGUGGCAGCGUUCGAUGACGCCGAUGACGUGGAUGACGCCGAGCUGGCCUCGCUGGACCUGGACAGUUUAGUGGACUCUGCUGUGGAGCGUGCUGUAGCGCCGGAGCCGGUGGCCGUUCCGGAUCCCCAGUCCGCGCCGGCCUCCGUGAAGCGGCGUCGAACAGAACCGUGGGACUCAGACAGGCCAGCUCCGGCCCAGAACCGUGCACCGCGCAGUCUGGAUAGCAGUGUCACGGCCUCAUCGGGCCGCGGAAAGCCCACACAACGUCAACAGAGCCUAGACACAUACAUCCGCUCCGGUGCGCUGUCAUCACAAGCUGCUCCUGCGUCCGUGUCGGCUCCAGCGUCCAGACCUGAUCACCCACAGCGCAGCUCCGGGUACACGGCCUCUCCGGUCCGCGUGGCGCCCUCGUUUGACCUGUCCUCGUGGCUGGAGCCGGACGAGCCGCCCGCUCCGCCGCCGGAGCCGCCGUUCGGCUACCUCUCCCAGUGGCGGCCCGGACAGUCGCUGACUGUCAAAGCCUUCAUCAUGACGAUGACGAGCAGCCUGAACAUCAGUGGAGGUCGCUGGCGACUCGAGGUGAAACUCAACGACGGCACGCGCUCGGCGGAUGCCGUCCUCACCGACGCAAUUCUCAGCGAUAUCAUCGGUCUGUCGUUGGCCGAGGCGGACCGUAUGCGCGCGGCCGGUCGCACGGACCCGGCCUCCCGUAACCGUCUGAGGGGAAUUCUCUGUAGAGCCCAGACGGCCAUCAUUCGCCUGAGCUGUCUGAUGCGGCUGGAACCGGGCGAGGAUCCGGACGGGCCGCCGCUCAUCACCCGUCUGACGGAGGUGGGGCCGGAGACGGUGCGCGCGCUCCGAGCGUGCGUCGACUCACACCGGUGAGAGGGGAGAGGGUGGGAGCACGCCGGGGAGAGUGGGAGGGGUCUGUGAGGCUGUGAUAUGAGCUGGGCUGGGUUAGCUGAGGGGAAUUCGUGCUCCUUAGGCGGGGCAUGAAAUGAUGUUUUGUUGAUAGAGGAAAGAGCACAGCUCGACGGCUAGUGAAGUGAUCUAAAGUAACUUGUUUUGAUGUGUACGCCAUUGCUUGACAGUAAAAAUACAUGGCUAUGAUGUAUCUA